AAUUCGAUUUGGAGGUUAUGUUUAUUUAAACAUUGAAAUGGAACAGAGUAUUAGCAGUUUGAAUUUGCCUAGAAAUAAAAUAAUACAACUACAAAGUGUGGGCAAAAAAUAUUGUAUUGACCUGACUGAAACCUUAUUGAGUUCUCUGUUAAUCGAGCUACCAAAAUCACCGAAAACUGUAACAGCACUAGAUUUAUUAGAAUCGGAAUUCCUUGGGGGUCAUAUUUUAAGCUUAAAUAGUGAAUUGGACAAGGUUUUACAUGGUGAAAUUACUCCAGGACGAAUCACGGAACUGAGUGGAUUUCCUGGAUCAGGCAGAACUCAAAUUUGUUUUCAGCUAUGUGUAACCACUCAGCUUCCAGAAGCCAUUGGCGGUCUGGAAGGCCAAGUGAUUUAUCUAAAUACCAACAAAAACUUUUCUUCGACGCGUUUAAAAGAAGUAGCCGGCAAGCUGAUUAAACUCUCUGGUCCAUUAAUGCAACAUAAAACUGAAGAAGACAUAUUAAGCAAUGUUUUCGUAUUCAAUGUGAACGAUGUAUGUGAAUUGUUUGCCACCACAAUAUUUUUAGGAGAAUUUUUGAAAACGAAAAGUGUGAAACUAGUAAUUAUUGAUAGUAUUGCCCAUCCAUUAAGAGCUGCUAAUUCUACUGAAAGGAUAACUGUAACGUACAAACUUCUUGAUGGCUUCCAGAAGUUAUCUAGAGCUUUCAAUUUUGCAGUAGUCAUUACAAACGACUUUACAACCAGAGUGAAAAACAACGAAGCUUAUUACACACCUUCAUUUGGGGAUGGAUUUUUUGAGCGAAUAAACUCUAGGAUAUGUUUAUCAAAGCAAGGAAACGUUCACACUGCCGAACUGGUAAAAAGUGUUGUGAAAAUGUUGAAGAAACAAAAGUACACGAAAUGUAUAUUGGAUGAAGUCUAUGUUCUUCAGCACUUUGAAGAUAUGUUUGAGAGUGGAAACUUUGAGGAAAAAUGGCUUAUCGAAAAAUGCCAGAAACCUCCAAAAAUGAAAUUUUUCUACUAUGCGAAUAUCACGGCCAGUAAUGUCAAAUGUUUAUCUUUUCAUGGGCCUGCAACUAAACUUGCUGAACUCUUUAAACUAGAAAAAUCCAGAACCCUUAUGCUGGAGCGCGCCGAAGUAGCUCUUCAUGAUACUUUCGGGAAUGACUUGUACUGGAAAGCAAGGAGAAGUAUGCGAUUCAAUAGGGAAUUGAGAAAAGUUGCUAACGAUUUUCGAAUCAUGAAAUUGGAUUCGAAUGAUGAAGAUGACUUAACCACUUUGCCUCCUGAUUGGAGAGAUGAAAAGCCAAAGAGGAACGCAAAAGGUGGUCCCUAUCUAGCCGUUCAUAUGAGAAGACGCGACUUUCUUAGAGGUAGAGCAGAUAAAGUUCCAGAUUUGCUAAAUGUGGCAAAACAGAUAUCCAAGAAACUAAAUGAGUUAAAGCUUGCCAAAGUAUUUAUUGCUACGGAUGCACCUCGAAUAGAGUUUGAAGAGCUGAAUAAGGCUCUUAGUCCCAAAUAUGAAGUAUACAAAUAUCAAGCAUCGAAACAUGUAGAAAGCAAAUAUUCAGCUGGCGGAAUUGCGAUCAUUGAUCAAAUCAUUUGCUCCUAUGCCAGGUAUUUUAUUGGAACGAGCGAUAGUACGUUUUCGUUUAGGAUACAGGAGGAGAGAGAAAUCUUGGGAUUUCCUACUAAAUCUACGUUCAAUGUUUUAUGUAAAAACAAUACUAACUGUGAGAAACCAUCAGUGUGGAAAAUUGUAUAUUAACUGACUUGACUACAACAAAGAUAAAAUAAAAUAAUGGUUAUAAUAUGCAAAAUAUACAAAUAAAAUUGCCUAAAUAUAAA